GCGAACAGGGGGGAGAGGAUCAUAAAAAAGCCAGGAACGGCGACAGUGACAGCGAGCGCGUGUGGCUCCGGCGCCUGUGCGCGAUCCUCCCUCUCACUCACCGCCAACACUCGCACCAAUGCGCGCACUAAGCCAUCUCCACCAGACACCACCACAUCGCAUCACCGCGUUCGCAUUGUGACAUUUCUCCCUUUAUUUAUCGUCCAGCAUCCGAGGUACGACCGUCGAGACACAAACACUUUAAUUUCAACCCUUUAUCUGAAUGACGGGCGGACGGUUUGACUUCGACGAUGGCGGCACUUUCUGCGGUGGAUGGGAGGAUGGAAAAGCCCACGGACACGGCAUCUGCACCGGCCCGAAGGGCCAGGGCGAAUACUCCGGGUCCUGGUCCAACGGGUUUGAGGUAGUCGGGGUGUACACCUGGCCCAGUGGGAAUACGUACAAGGGCUACUGGGCACAAGGAAAGCGACACGGGCUCGGCGUGGAGUCGAAGGGGAGGUGGCUGUAUCGCGGAGAGUGGAGUCACGGAUUUAAGGGUCGGUAUGGGGUUCGCCAGAGUUUCAAUACACCUGCCAGGUAUGAAGGCACAUGGAGUAAUGGAUUGCAGGACGGAUACGGGGUCGAGACGUACGGGGAUGGGGGUACAUACCAGGGCCAGUGGAUGGGCGGCAUGCGGCAUGGUUAUGGUGUACGUCAGAGCGUGCCUUAUGGCAUGGCCACUGUCAUCCGCUCCCCGCUCCGCACCUCACUGGCCUCCCUGCGCAGUGAGCAGAGUAACGGCUCCGUUCUGCAUGAUCACAUGUCAGACAGCCCUGCUGGCACCCGUGGCGGUUUUGUCCUGAACUUCCACAGUGACAGCGAGGUGGGCUCUGGCAAAAAAAAGGGCCUCUUCCGACGGGGCUCGCUGUUUGGCAGCCUCAAACAGCUGAGGAAGUCUGACUCCCGCUCCUCCAUAUCCAGCAAACGCAGUUCAGCGCGUAGUGAUGCCACUAUGAGCCGCAUCAGCUCCAGUGAUGCAAACUCCACUGUAAGUUUUGGUGACGGAGAGGUGGCUGAUGAGUACAUGCCAGCAGAGGACAACGUCGAUGCUACCACUACAGAGUCAUACAAUGGCGAGUGGAAGAAUGACAAGCGGAAUGGUUUUGGUGUCAGCGAGCGAUCCAAUGGGAUGAAAUAUGAAGGGGAGUGGUUGAACAACAAACGGCAUGGCUACGGGUGCACAAUGUUCCCUGAUGGGACAAAAGAAGAGGGGAAGUACAAAAAUAACGUUUUGGUGCGUGGCAUCAAGAAGCAGCUCAUUCCCCUAAAGAACACCAAGACGAGGCAGAAAGUGGACCGUGCUGUGGAAGGAGCCAUACGAGCAUCUGCCAUUGCCCGAACGAAAGUUGAAAUUGCCACCUCAAGAACCGCACACGCCAGGGCUAAGGCAGAGGCAGCUGACCAGGCCGCCCUUUCUGCCAGCCAGGACUCUGACAUCGCCAGAGCAGUGGCCAGGGAUCUGUCCCCCAACUUCCAUCAACCAGGCCCAGAUUAUAUCAAGCAACGGUUUUCCAGUGAGCCCAUUGAGAUUAAAGAAGCCCCAGAGGAAAAGAAAGAGAAAUCACCAUCAGGAAGUCCACACUUUUAUCGCAAAGGCACCACCCCAACCCAGACACCUUCCCAAAGCCCGGGUCCCACGCCACCCCCCUCACCACCCCUCAGCAAGAAAAAGCCCUUCUUUAACAGAAGUGCCCAAAAAGCUAUCAAAGAAAACAACCCCCCUGCUACCGAAAGCCUUGCAGCGGGUGUCACCAAGGCUACUUCCAGGAUACCAGACAAACAGGAAUUAAGACAGGAAGUAGAACCCGUACCCAAACCUUCCAAGCUGCUAGCGCCGGUCACCAAUGCCUCCAGCCCAGGGAACGGUGAGCUGCACUCUCAGUAUCAUGGAUACUUUGUGAAGGCAGAGGUAAUGAUCCCACCUGAUGAACCAGAGGAGGAAGAACAUCACCAUGUAACCCCAACUGCUCUUGCCAGGAUCCCCCCACCUGCAAAGCAGUACCACCCACCAACACCCAAACCAGUAAUGGCCAAAGAGAGCAAACCCGAGCCGAAACUGAAGAAACAGGAAUCGCUGAAGCCAAAGAGCCUAGCAGAAACUAAGAAAGCCAGCAUGGAAAUUACAACUGACAUUGUUGAGGAGGAAUCAGGUCCCAACUCAAUAUUGGUCAUACUAGUGAUGCUGAUAAAUAUUGGACUGGCAAUUAUUUUUGUCCAUUUUCUCACUUGACGAAACAUUAAACUCAGUGAGCUCAUGAAAACUAGCGGCGUAGGCCCCUAAUUCUCUGCAGUUGCGUCAGUGGCCUUUAAAACAAAAUGGCGCCAGUCAGACUCAGACACAGGCAAAGGACUGGACGACUGGAAUUAGAGCAAAUCAUGGGAGAAAGACGAAACCUGGACCAUUCGGCUUGAGCCAACCCAGUUCCUCUGGCGAUGAUUUGUGACUCGCUUGGGCUCUGAAAGCUGAAGCAACCAGUCGUUGGGAACGAAAAAGAAUCUGCUGAUCCAAGCCGUACCCAGUCAAGUGCAUGUCCACCCCGCUGCUAUGGGGAGGGGUGGAAUGGGGGGGACUUAACUGGAUAUGUUCGGAGAUGCACUUUUAGUUGACGGAAGCGAACAGCUGCCUUACUAAUUUACCAACUGACGUUUUAAAAGGGAGAUGUGCUGCGGGUCGCCAGUGUGUUUGGGCAGCAGGAGUGUGUACCAGUGUCCGCUUUCCACUUGGUUGAAAACACCAUGCACAUUUUGAAAGGGUCACUUGCCAGUCUUAUUCCAUUACCCAUUUCUACAGCCUUGUCUAUCAUCUGCUGCUCCUGUUUAAGGAGAUUCAUCCAUGACAUGCCUGUGCAUGGUACUGGUUUAAUGACUUUGUCUUGAGGAUUUUAUUUAUUUGUUUUGUAUCUAUUGUUGUGGUUUUUUUUUGUUUUUUGUUUUUUGUGUACUUUCACCUGUAGUGACAGAUGACAAAAAUAUCUCUAGUGCUUUGUACUCUUAUUCACUAAAAUCUAAUAUAAAAUAAUAGCACGUUACAGCCAAUAACAGUCCUGUAGAAAAUAUUCAAAUAUUAUUUAUCCAAUAUUAUACAAAGAUUGGCUAUUUAGUAAACAACUAGAGUACAGUGUGUGGUUUGGUUUUAAAAAGUUAUUUAUUCUGAAUAAUAUUGUAAUAAUUUAUGUUUGACAUUGUAAAAUCACUGUAGGGUAUAAUGCAUGGCUUUUAUUUUUUGAGAAAUUAGUAAAAUAUUUACAUUGGAUUUUGCACCUUUAAUCUUCAGGCCUGAGACUGUGCUCGAUAACCCCCCCCCCC